ACCUACUCGCCCAAUUGGGUACCAAUCUCAGACAAGGACUAGCUUUGGGAAUGGGAACAUUCCCCAGCAACAGAGGGUGCAUCCUACUCAUCCACAUACAAGGACUGAGUCUAUGAGCACAGUUGCUUCUCACAAGCCUCAACAUGCACAGCAACCUCAGCAGAGAGUUGUGCGUAAAGAGCCGCAAGUGAAGCCCAUCAACAGAUACGCCCCUCCUGAUUACAUGAUAUUAAUGUAUCACCCGACUCCAACAUUGGAGGACCUCGGGUUAACCAGUUAUCUGGACAGCCCUCCUUCAUCACCCAGAGCUAGGUCACCAGCUCGAGAGGCAAAAAAGGCUGAUUCUCUACCAGCCCAGGACUUAAGGAGUGCUUCACCAGCGCGGGAGUCACCAAGGAGGGUGCUACCAGCUUGGGAUGCACCAAGGAGUGCCUCACCAGCGCGGGAGUCACCAAGGAGGGUCUUACCAGCUUGGGAUGCACCAAGGAGUGCCUCACCAGCGCGGGAGUCAAUAACAAGUGUCUCAGCAGAGUCCAAGUUAACUAACUCAGUAGCUCAGGAGAUGAGACAAACUGCCUCAACGGCUCGACAACCAAUGCCUGCAAUGACUGAGGCAAAGGAAAGAAACAGCAAGAGGGCUCCAACUCCAAAUGAAAUAAAUCAGCAUUUGUCAAAAAAUGUGAAGCCACAAAGUUAUGUCCCGAGUUUUGCUCCAAAAGGCUGGGUCCCUCCUGCAGAUAAAUACUCACAAGGACAUACAUGUACGUCUGGAGUAACGCACAUCUCAAAGGAGGGAAAUCAAAGGAGUGGAUCAAACCUUUCAAAUGCUGUACCCAACUCUAUGUUGACUUCACAAACUGAGCAUACCUCACUAAAGACUUCAGAUUCUGCUGUUGGCUCGUCACUAGCUGCAAGACCCAAGAAAUCAGCGUGUGACUGGUCUAUGAUUGCUGAACAGUAUUCAUCAGAAAGUCGUCAAUCAGAUGACAUGGAAGCAAAGCGUGACACAGCGUACAGACGCUAUAUUAACAAAGGGCGUCCAUUUGGUGUUGAACAGAUGCCUGACACAGGGCGUCAUCAGAAUCAGAUGCAAGACGCCUGGCGUCACCUUAAUAGAUCUCAGACUCAGCCUUUCAGCAACCAAACGUUUAACCAGAAAAAUGCUUCUGGUAACAUAAAGGACUUGUUUGGUGGAAUGUCGCCUUACAGCUGCUGGAUUCAGUCCACACCAGAAGACCGGAGAUGUUCGUAACUUCCGGUCCUCACUGUGACCAGUAAAUGACGUCACAGAGAACAGCUUCCUCUUUGAAAGGAAAUCUGAGCAAUUCUCAUAGACUUUUACUACCCUGCAUGUCUUUCAAUUCGAUAUUUACUUUUCUUAAAAAAUAAGUUGUAUUUUAUAUUGAUUAUAUAAUUUUUUUGUCUGUUGUCUGUGACAACGUCAUUUUUCUAUUGUCUGUGACAAUUUUUUCCUGUGUAGGCACUGUGUGUCAAGUUAAUAAUAGACUAAGCAGACAUUAAUAUUAAUAUUUUUAAUCCAAUAUUAUACAAUAGUCUUUCACACUUUCCAUUUUUUUUCUGGGUACUUUUCUGUAUAGGAAAGGCUAAAAUUCUUGACUCUUACGUUCAACACAUUAUUAUUAUUAUAUACCUUUUCCGAAUUAAUCUUUUUUGUUUCAGAUAUGUCACUAUCUUGUCUGCUCAAGUCCCUGUACAUAUUGUAAAUAGAA